CUGUACUGUCAGCAGCUAGAAACAGGUAGCAAGGUUGGGAAUCGGUGGUUACGUGAGCGAGCUCGCGAACUUGCUGGAGAUGCCAACACAGUCUGUCAGUUUUCCGAACGAUGGCUGAGUAAUUUCAAGAAGCGCUUUCACAUAAAUGAACAACGUGAAAGCGAUUCCAACCUCGAAGCACAGUCAAAUGACUCCACAUCUAGCGAUAGGCAGACAUUAUCAGACACUGAAGCUGAUACACUCGCCGAACAUACUGAUGCAGAGAAAGGGAUCCAACAAGAUAUUAUUGCGGAGAUUGUGAACCGACCAGGACAACUUCCCAUUCAAGUGUUCUACGAAAAAUUUCCUUGGCUCUGUAAGAAAGGAGCGCAAAUAGAGCCAGGUCGUAGGGGACGAAAGGUGCAAUUUCCAGACGUGGAACGUGUGCUUUACCAACGCCUUGUAGAAAAACAAAAAAGUGGUGAACGUGUCUCUAAUCGCUGGCUGCAGGAUCAGGCGCGCGAUCUCGCUACCGAACUGUGCCCUGGGAUUUUGGAAGAAGCCGUGAAGUCAUCGCGAUGCUUGUUCUCCGAGCACUGGCUCCACAAUUUCAAAAAGCGUUAUGGAAUCAGUCUCAAGUACAAAACCGCCACAAUAGAGCCGAGCAUGGAAAGUACAAGCUUACUGUCGCAGAUAUCGCCGGCUCCUUCAGCCGACAAUGUAGACGCUAAUUUCACCGUUCUCCAGCUGCAUACCUGGUUUAUGAAUCAAUGCUAUGCGCAUCCGAUUUGGGCAUCAGCUAACUCGCAUACACAUUUUCAUGAUACUCACGUUGCACCAUAG